GCGGGCGCAGCCGAGGCUGAGGUGCGGGGGCCACUGUGUUCCGCAGGGCGCCGGGCGGGCAGCGGCUGUUGCGAGGUCUCGGCCGAGGGUCUCUCCGGUGUCCGUCUCCUUGUCCCGCCGGGUCUGUUCCGCUCUCUCCUCCUGCUCGCUGCGGCGCGGCCCAGCCAUGUCGGGAAUGCUGGGGAAGCUGUUCGGGACGGGCGGCAAGGGCGCCGGGAAGGGCCCGACCCCGCAGGAGGCCAUCCAGCGGCUCCGCGACACCGAGGAGAUGCUCAGCAAGAAGCAGGAGUUCCUGGAGAAAAAGAUCGAGCAGGAGCUGCUGGCGGCCCGCAAACACGGCACCAAGAACAAGCGGGCUGCUCUUCAAGCCCUGAAACGCAAGAAGAGGUACGAGAAGCAGCUGGCACAGAUAGAUGGCACGUUAUCAACAAUUGAAUUCCAGAGGGAAGCCCUUGAAAAUGCCAACACCAAUACUGAAGUGCUCAAGAAUAUGGGCCUGGCUGCUAAAGCUAUGAAAGCUGCUCAUGACAACAUGGAUAUCGAUAAAGUAGACGAAUUGAUGCAGGAUAUUGCAGAACAGCAGGAGCUGGCAGAUGAAAUUUCAACAGCUAUUUCAAAGCCUGUAGGAUUUGGGGAAGACUUUGAUGAGGAUGAACUGAUGGCAGAAUUGGAGGAACUAGAACAGGAAGAAUUAGACAAAAACCUGCUGGAGAUCAGUGGUCCCGAGACAGUACCACUACCAAAUGUGCCCUCAAUAGCAAUACCAUCAAAGCCAGCCAAGAAGAAAGAAGAGGAGGAUGACGAUGACAUGAAAGAGUUGGAAGCUUGGGCUGGAAACAUGUAACUACAGCAGCAGCCAUUUGGAAAAACAUAAGACUUUGGCCACCUGGUUUAGGUGCACGUUGAGUGUGUUCGGGACAAAACAUUAAGCAAAAUGUCUUUCUCUCUUUAAUCUUAACCCAAAGCAGUGAGCACUGCAUUGCUGUACUCUGCAUAGCAUGGUCUGCGCAAAGGAAACAAAGGGGGUCGGGGAAAGUUGUCUGCAGUUGAUGUUGAAUUUCUGUAAAAUAGAAGGUAUUUGCAAAAUCCAACCUUCAGCUUCUGGACUAUGCUAAUGUUACUGCUGGAUCUUCAUCUUCUAGAGUUUGGGGGGUAAUUGACUCUAAAUGACCUGAAAUGCAGCCUGUACUUUUACGUCAGUUGAAAGUGUGUCGAGAAGUCUUGUAAGGCAUUUAAAAAGGAAAAGUCAUAAGCCACCAUCGGCUUCUCAUGUUUAGGUAUAAGAAUGUGUUAGGUUUUUAGUUCUUUGCACUCUGUAUUUAUUUCCUUUGACUGUGUGAUCACCUUCUAUCACUGCACUGACCUAGUUGCUGUUCCCAUUUUUAAUUAGUGAAAUUGAUUUGAAAUUGAUAAACACUACCUUGGAAGUAAGGGAGAUUUACACUUAAAAUCCAGCUGUACAUUUUGUUCUAUGUAGCAGUUCAGUGUUCAUUGCUAUUUGUGAUAAUUGAUAACCCAUUCAGAUACAUGCACACAUCUAUUUGAAUUAAGAAACUAUGGUUUGCACUGUAUUAAAUAUCUUGUUUAAUUUUCA